CGAGCGGGGCGGGGGUUGGCUGCCCGAGCGGGAGACGCCGAGACCGCAGCGGCAGCCAGCAGCGAGGCCCGCUGGCAAGGAGAGGGACGGUGCCGACGAGGCAGCGGCGCUUCGGAGGGGAAAACAGCCAGGCUUUGCUCGCAGGCUGACGCGAAAGAGGCGAGGGAGGGAGGGCAGCUGCCAAGGAGCCGCGGCGGCCACCGCCUACGCACCUGUCUCCGAGCCGGUGGCUGCGGAGAGGAGGCGGGAGGGCGGCGAGUGGGUGUCGCCGGCGCCGCCGAGCACCUGGUUCGCUCCCUGCCUUCCCUUCCCGCCCUUCCUCCGUCGGCCGCCUCUCAGGGCGGCAGCAGCGGGAGCCGGGAGGAGGAGGGGCGGCGGCGGCGGCAGGGCCGGGAAGCCGCGCGGGGAGCCGCGACCUGUUUGGCCGAAGGAGAGCUUUUUCUGAGCCGUCGCUGUCAUACUUGCGGGCGGCUUUCCCCCUCCUUCCUUGCUCUGUUGUGGCUCGUAGGAAGAACAGAUCUCGGCGGGUGGCGCCCAGAGGAGCCGGAGCCGCGCUGCGGGCGGCAAGAUGAACCCCAAUGUCACCUACGCCAGCCGAAAGCGGCGGAAACCCGUGCAGAAAAUAGUGAAACCUUCCCCUCCUGAAGGAGCCAAGUCUAACCCAUCAAAAAGGCAUAGAGACCGGCUGAAUGCAGAGUUAGAUCGCCUGGCUGGUCUUCUGCCCUUCCCUCAGGAUGUUAUUGCCAAGCUGGAUAAACUCUCUGUGCUUAGGCUCAGUGUUAGCUACCUGAGAGCCAAAAGUUUCUUUGAUGUUAUGUUAAAGUCAUCUGGUUCUGCAAAGCUUGAUAGAAAUGGCAUCCAGGACAACUACCGAACUACUAAGCCUGGAGAAAAUGUACAUCUACUAGAAGGAGAACUUUUGUUGCAGGCAUUAAAUGGCUUCGUAUUGGUGGUCACAUCGGAUGCGCUCAUAUUUUAUGUCUCCUCUACAAUCCAGGAUUAUUUGGGUUUCCAGCAGUCUGACAUUAUACACCAGAGUGUAUUUGAAUUAAUUCACACAGAAGACAGACCAGAAUUCCAGCGCCAGCUUCACUGGGCUCUUAAUCCAACCCAGGUUACCGAUUCCGGAUGCAUAACAGAAGGAGACAAUGGCUUUUCACAGUCAGCAACGUAUUAUAAUCCAGAGCAGCUACCUCCAGAGAAUUCUUCAUUUAUGGAACGAAAUUUCGUUUGCAGAUUACGAUGCCUCCUGGAUAAUUCUUCUGGGUUCUUGGCCAUGAAUUUUCAAGGAAGAUUAAAGUUUCUUCAUGGUCAGAACAAGAAAGGGAAAGAUGGAGCUGCUAUAUCUCCACAGCUGGCUUUGUUUGCUGUAGCCACUCCACUUCAGCCUCCAUCCAUCCUUGAAAUACGUACCAAAAACUUCAUCUUCCGAACGAAGCACAAAUUAGACUUCACACCUAUAGGAUGUGAUGCAAAAGGACGAAUUGUGCUGGGUUACACCGAAGCAGAACUGUGCAUGAGAGGAACAGGAUAUCAGUUUAUCCAUGCAGCUGAUAUGCUUUAUUGUGCUGAGAAUCACGUCCGAAUGAUAAAGACUGGAGAAAGUGGUAUGACUGUAUUUAGACUUCUUACCAAAGAAAAUCGAUGGGCCUGGGUUCAAGCAAAUGCACGCUUGGUUUACAAAAAUGGAAGACCAGAUUAUAUUAUUUCCACUCAGAGACCCCUUACAGACGAAGAAGGGUCAGAGCACUUACGGAAGCGAAACAUGAAGCUGCCCUUCAUGUUCACUACAGGUGAGGCCGUCUUAUAUGAAAUGGCUUUUCCUCAGCCUGGCUUAAUGGAUUCUUCUCAAGGAAAGACUAAAAACAGCUUUGGAAAAGGAGCCACUUCCAAAGCUGCACUACCCAAAGAAUCUAUUGAUCCCAACUCACUUUUGGGAGUAAUGAUGCAGCAGGAUGAAUCUGUGUAUCGCUGCCCACCUGCUUCAAAUAAAAUUUCUUUUGAGAAGAACCUUUUUACAGAUACCAGGGAUGAACUGGGCAGUGCCAUUGCCGGUGGUUGGCAGGAUAAUAUUUUGCCAAUGGGAAGUAGCAGCAUUCUCAAGAAAGAGCAGACUGAGCGUCCACAGAAAAAUAACUUGAUGCUUCCUGAAGACAAUGCCGGGCUCCUUCAGGAUAACAAAAAUAGCGAAUUGUAUAACAUCAUGAAAACAUUAGGAAUUGACUUUGAAGAUAUAAAAUGUUUUCAGCAGGAUGAAGAAUUUUUUAAAAACGAACUUUCUGGUAUGGAUGAUUUUAGAGACAUUGACCUUACUGAUGAAAUCUUGACCUAUGUUCAGGAUUCCUUAAAUAAGACUGACCUCUUGUAUUCGGGGUGCCAGCAGCCACAGCCCAUGGUUGAGAACUCAAGCUGUUUAGUGCAGCAGCAGUUGGAGCAACAGCAGCCGGGGGUGGAACAGAGGCAGCUGUGUCAGAAGAUGAAGCAUAUGCAGGUUAACGGGAUGUUCACAAACUGGAACUCCGUCGGCAGCUUGCCUCUUGACCCUCCACAGCAGCAGUUGCACCCAUAUGUCUUUUCUGGCAUGACUCAGACGUUCCCUUACAAGUCUGAAGUCAGCACUGCGACAUAUGCAUGUAGGCAAGAGUUUAUUCCUUACAAACACGCUGACAACAUGGCGUCACAGCUUUCAGAUUUUGCACAGAUAGAUUUCCCAGUAGGAAGUUUUGACAGGUCAACCUAUUCGGGUUCUUCUGGUUUGGACGAUUUUCUCAGUUGUUUGCAGCAGGUCCCUGAAAGUCAAGAUUGUGGAAUAAACUCUCAGCCAGUUAUAGUAACUCCUCAGACAUGCUAUGCAGGUGCUGUGUCAAUGUACCAGUGUGUGUCUGAAAUGCAGACAAACUGCAUGGAACAAAUGGAGUAUAAUCCUGUGGUGUCAGGACAGCAAACGUUACUAAGCAAGUUCCAGAACGGUUUUAAUGGAGGAAGCUUGAAUGAUGCAUAUGCACCACAGUUAGAUGUCAGCACUCAGCCUGGUACACAUCUCCAGCCUAUUCAUCAUCCAGCAGAAUCCAGAUCUUUCACAGAUUUGGCAUCCAGUGGCUUUAUGUAAUUCAAGAGCAAAAUCCUGCAUGGAUGACUGGAUUAUUAAAAAACCUAAUUGGAUGUGGUUGCACUGAUGUACAUGCAUACAGGAUUUUUAUCAUCCAAGAGGGGUGGAAAUUGGAGUUGUAAUCUAGGCCUGAAAACAUGUGUGUAAUCUUCAGAAAGCAAAAAUGUGCACUAGUGCAAUAUCAUGUACUGCAUCACAUUGUAGAACAUAAGAUAAGGCAAAUGGUUUUAUUGUUUUGAAGAAAAAAUAUAGGCACUUUGACAAUCUCAUUUGGAGUAGCAUAAAAAAGAAGUUUCUUGGAUUUUUAAAGGCUUUUGAAAUUAAGUCUGUGUUCCAGACAGAAGAACAAGUAAAGCACUCCGUUUUAUUGCUUACUAUUUCUUUUGUUUAGCUGUUUAUUUUGUUUAUUAUAUUUCAGCUUCUCUUUUCACAUUACAUUUCAGGUUCUAGCACUUUAGUACAAAGAUUUUGAUAGUUAACUUUUAGGUUUUGUUACAACCAAAUCCAUUCCUCAUUUAUUAUUAGCCUUAAGUGCCUCACAAUGUAGCUACCUUAUUUCUGAAAAGAGUGUGUAGGGGAGAAAUUGCUAUAAACCUAAUCACUCAUGCUUUGUGACUGUUUAAUAGUUACUUUGAUUUGGUUUAUAAAAGCAAUGUGUUCAUUCUCUGAGUCAGUAUUCACUUACCUUGAAUUUCAGAUAAUUCUCUAAAUGGUGAGUUUUUACACGGUUAAAGACAUCUUGUUUUUCUGUUGUUUUUCUGCAUUUUCCCGGUAGAACAGGGUAAAAACAUAUCUUGUAGGAGAACAGUUCCUCAGGAUUAGCUCUGAAUUUCAAAUAAUGAACAAAACAUGUGCCUUAUCUUGUGUUACAGUACUUGGUCUUUUUAAAAAUUGCAGGGCCUCUCUAUGCAAAUACUUCAAUUAAAAUGGGUACUGAGAGCUUACUUUGUAAAAAUUAGCAGAAAGCAGUAUCUCAAUAGUAAUUAGUACUAAAAUUUAUUCUUGUACAGUUUUCUACACUUGAGGGUCAUAUUUUGAGCGGCUGCAACUUUUCAGCUGUUGAGAUAGGAAAAGGGUCUGUUGAUACUAUUAAAUAUUCCUGAUAAUUGCACUCUAAAGGAAAAAGCUAUCUUUCUGUGUAUGUGAAUUCACUUUAACAGUCUUUGUUCAAAAGAUGAAACUGAAAAAUUAUUUUAGUUCAAACUUAGAGAAUCCUUGUAAUAAAAGGAUAUUUUAAACUUUUUUAAAAAAGGAAAAUUCUGUUUUGAGUUUUAUCUAAGGAUUUUUAGAACUGGAGACACCAAUGUUUGGUGGUUCAUAGUAGUUUAAACGGGGGAGGGUGGGAAUGUGUAUAUGAUCAUAUAAUUGCAUACUCUUACAUGCUGUAUGGUUCCUAUGUAAUAAGCACUGUAAAUGUCUUUGUAAAAUAUUUUAAAACUGUUAAUUUUGAAGUGUUACACUAUAUAAAAAUGUUUAUUGAAUACCUAUGUAUAAUGUAAAUGACAGUGUAGAUUCUUUAAAAAGAGAAAAAUAAACCAAUGCUCUUCA